AUGGUUACUUCUCCUCCUGGGUCAUAUGUUCCUAAGAGAGAAAAUUUAACUAUGCCUGGAGUGAUUUUGGAAGAAGAUAUGAAAGAUCCUGUUUAUGAAGCAGUUCAUUAUUAUUUAGGUCCAAAUGAAGCUGCUAAAAGAAAAGUACUGUCUGCUGCUGAAGUAACACAAGAUGACAGAGGGAUAAGGGAACUCAUACAAGCCGGUUGCUACACAUCUGCUGUAAAUUUAACAAAACAAUUGCUUACAAUUUAUGGUCAAGGAGCUGGUAGAGCUGGACAUCUUAGUAAACACACAGUACAUAGCAUACAAUUAUGGUUUACUAGACUAUCACUUUUAGUAAAACUUCGUUCAUUUACUGUCGCACAAAAGGAAUCAGAGCCAUUUGGAGAUUUAGAAAAGCCUGACAUGUUUUUUCAAUUUUAUCCUGAAUUAUAUGGAGGUAGAUCUGGGUCAAUGGUACCUUUUAGUCUGCGCUUACUUGUCGCACAACUUCCUGCUCAUGUUAAAAAGCAUCAAUUAGCAUUAUCAAAAUUGAGUGCAAUUUUAUCUACAGUUCGAAAGGACUUACUCGAAGAUGGAACUCCUUGCGAAUUAAAUCCUGCUGACAGAGAAGUUUCUAUUAAAUUUUGGUCAGGAAGAGAAUCUCGAGUGUUGCAUUCUAUUGUGAACACAGCUUUGUUGGACAAAGACUACACGUUAGCUAUCGAAGUCAUGCAAGAACUUAUAGCUAAAGAACAAGAUGUGAAUGCUAUAAAAUCCUUACAGUCUGCAUUAGGUAGAAUUUUUCUUCAGUUGGGUGAUGUUAAAUCAGCUGAAAAACUCUUCGCUUCUGCACACCUCGGGUUAGAUAAACCCAAACUAAGAGAUCUGAUAGAUUCUGGAUUAUUUUUAUUGACUCAAAACGAUUUUGAAAAAGCUUAUGUAAUGUUUGAAAAAGCUUACCAAUUGGAUCCUCACAGUAUUACCGCUGUCAACAACAUGUCGGUUUGCCAGUUGUACUCUGGAAAAUUAAAGGAAGCCAUUCUUUUGCUGGAAGAAGCUCUGCAAAAAUAUCCGACUCUGGCGAUACACGAAAGUUUACUUUUAAAUUUGUGCACGUUAUACGAAUUGCAAAGUACAUUUUGGUCACAGCCCAAAUUGAAAUUAUUGUCUUUGGUCAAUCAGUACAAAGGCGAUGGUUUCAAUAUAGGCUGUUUGAAAUUGCAAAUGUGA